AGACGAAGGAUCAGGCUGCAGAAUUCCCUCAGGUUCAACAGUACAGAAGCAUCUGAUAGGUUUUUGAUGUGAUUAAUAGCGUUCAGUUAUGUGCUGCCAGUAAACAGGUUUUUCUGCCUGCAAACUGAAGCAAGAAGCAAGACUGAUUUGCACAAACAAUGUGUUUUCAUUUGUUUUUGUGUUAAGGACGUCAUGAGGCUACUGACAGAUGAGGAGGCGGAGCUUCAGACAGGCGUGUUGAUCCCUGUGCCCUGCCCACACACUCUGCCUGUGCUUUUGGAUCAGGCCAGGUUGACCCUGGUGCCCUACCACCUGAGAGAGGACCAAGACUGGGCUCUUGAUGUGGACGAGCUGCACCUAGCCUUGAAGACCGCUAGGGGGAGCUGCACCCAAAAGCAAUUUACAUCAGCAACCCAGGAAACCCCACAGGUUCAAGAAUAUUAAAAAGUAACACCACAUGGACCUCUCCAAAGUCUCCUCUGUAUCCUGAAAAUGAUUUGUCCCAUUAGGUCAUGUGCAGGAGAGAAAGACAAUCGAGAACGUGAUUAAAUUUGCUGCCUCUGAGGGCCUCUUUCUAUUGGUUGAUGAGGUUGUUAUAAGCAACACUAUAAAAAUGACUGUCAUCACCUUUUCAGCCUCUUUUUCUGACACACCUUGUCGUGCCCCCUAUAGGUGAACCAGGGCAGUGUGUACGGAGAGGGAAGAUCAUUCCUUUCCUAUAAGAAAGUCCUCUUUGAGAUGGGACAAAAAUACUCAGACAUGGUGGAGAUGGUGUCUUUCCAUUCCAUAUCCGGUGCCCACUUUGGAGAGUGUGGUCUGAGAGGAGGCUACUUGGAAGCCAUCAACAUGGACCCAGCAGUGAAGAUGUAUUUGAAAGUUCCGCAAGGUCUUAGUUCUCCUCCUGUCUUACCACAGCUUGUUCUGGAGCUGAUGGCUAAUCCUCCCACGCCUGGAGAUCCUUCAUAUGAGACCUACAGACAGGAGAUUGUCUCCAGUCAGAUGACUCUGUCCCAGAAUGCUCAGCGGGCUUGUGAGUUCCUGAACACUUUACCAGAGAUGAGCUGCCGACCAGCGAUACGUGUUUUGCCCGUCUGCAGCUUCCAUGUUGGUUCAUAAAAGAAGCAAAGGCUUUAGGAGUUCAGGCAGACGCACUUUAUUGUCAGAGGUUACUGGAGCAGGAAGGAGUUUGUGUGGGAGCAGGAAGUGUCAACGUGCAGCUGGAGCCGAACUAUUACAUCAGGUUAGACAAAGACCUUGUGUCCUACCUGUGAGGACGCUUCUGAAACAGGAUGAGAUAUUACAGAGUCUGAGGGAUUUUUUGGAAAAUGGGAUUUUUCACUCUUGCAACCUCAAGUGUUCACAGCACACAAGCAAUAUGUUUGUUCCCAAACCAGAAGGACCAAGACAGAAAAUACGAAGACCAAAAAUACGAAGACCAAAAGCGCCAAGACCAAACAUCCCAAGACCAAAAAUAAUUUUACUUCAGUGGUUCCAGAAUUCUCAGUUGUAUAACUGGUAAAAGAAAAUGUUACAAUUAAUUACAGAUUGUGUUUCUCCUUUUAACAGUAAAAAUUUGUGGAACCAGCUGAAAAACCUAUAGUAAAUGUAAAAUUUUUAGAGGUCACUGGAGUUCAAUCAGUAAGGACAUCCGGAGUAAAACUUGUGCUGAAAAAACUCCCAUGCACACGCAACGUAAAUGGUGCUAAAUUGCAUUAAAAAUAAGUUUUUGUUUGGCGGGGAGCUCGUAAACACAAGGGAACCACUUUUGGUGCCACUGAGCACCACUUUGGUUUCAUGUGUAUGUCAAUCUGUGUUGUGCCAAAUCUGAGCAAACAAAAACAAAUGACUGACUUAAAAGCAAUUUAAGGUUCUUUUUUCCAUGUUACUCAUAAUGACACAAUCAUUCAAUCAAUUGUGUGCGUUUUGAUUUAGUUUGUACUUUGUAAUGUUUCUUUUUGAGAUGUUUACUGUAUUUUCCAAAGAUGAGUUGCAUUUUGC